AUGCGAUAUUAUUACAGGAUUCUCCAUGAGUUGGCAGUUCCCGAGAAAAGAGUAUUAUUAGUUGGUUACCACUACUUCUGUCACACAAGUGAGCUCCAGAAAGACGAAGCUAUGGCUGCAGUAAUACUGGAGAGCAUCUUUCUGAAGCGAUCCCAGCAGAAAAAGAAAACAUCACCUUUAAACUUCAAGAAGCGCCUUUUUCUUUUGACCGUGCAGAAACUUUCCUACUAUGAGUAUGAUUUUGAACGUGGGAGAAGAGGCAGUAAGAAGGGUUCAAUAGAUGUUGAGAAGAUCACUUGUGUUGAAACAGUGGUUCCUGAAAAAAAUCCUCCCCCUGAAAGACAGAUUCCGAGAAGGGGUGAAGAGUCUGGUGAAAUGGAACAGAUCUCAAUCAUUGAAAGGUUCCCUUACCCCUUCCAGGUUGUAUAUGAUGAAGGGCCUCUCUAUGUCUUCUCCCCAACAGAAGAAUUGAGGAAGCGUUGGAUUCAUCAGCUCAAAAAUGUAAUCCGGUAUAACAGUGAUCUGGUACAGAAAUACCACCCUUGCUUCUGGAUUGACGGGCAGUACCUCUGCUGCUCUCAGACAGCCAAAAAUGCUAUGGGCUGCCAAAUUUUGGAAAACAGGAAUGGAAGCUUAAAAUCUGGGAGUUCUCACCGGAAGACAAAAAAGCCUCUUCCUCCCACACCUGAGGAGGACCAGAUCUUGAAAAAGCCACUGCCCCCUGAGCCAACAGCAGCACCAGUUUCCACAAGUGAACUGAAAAAGGUUGUGGCCCUUUAUGACUACAUGCCAAUGAAUGCAAAUGACCUACAGCUACGGAAGGGUGAUGAAUAUUUUAUCCUGGAAGAAAGCAACUUACCCUGGUGGCGAGCACGAGAUAAAAAUGGGCAGGAAGGCUACAUCCCUAGUAACUAUGUCACUGAAGCAGAAGACUCCAUAGAAAUGUAUGAGUGGUAUUCCAAACACAUGACUCGGAGUCAAGCUGAAGAACUGCUAAAGCAAGAGGGGAAGGAAGGAGGUUUCAUUGUCAGAGACUCCAGCAAAGCUGGAAAAUAUACUGUGUCUGUAUUUGCUAAAUCUACAGGGGACCCUCAAGGGGUGAUACGCCAUUAUGUUGUGUGUUCCACACCUCAGAGCCAAUAUUACCUGGCUGAGAAGCACCUUUUCAGCACCAUCCCUGAGCUCAUUAACUACCAUCAGCAUAACUCUGCAGGACUCAUAUCUAGGCUCAAAUAUCCAGUGUCUCAACAAAACAAGAAUGCACCUUCUACUGCAGGCCUGGGCUACGGAUCAUGGGAAAUUGAUCCAAAGGACCUGACCUUCUUGAAGGAGCUGGGGACUGGACAAUUUGGGGUAGUGAAGUAUGGGAAAUGGAGAGGCCAGUAUGAUGUGGCCAUCAAGAUGAUCAAAGAAGGCUCCAUGUCUGAGGAUGAGUUCAUUGAAGAAGCCAAAGUCAUGAUGAAUCUUUCCCAUGAGAAGCUGGUGCAGUUGUACGGUGUCUGCACCAAACAGCGCCCCAUCUUUAUCAUCACUGAGUACAUGGCCAAUGGCUGCCUCCUGAACUACCUGAGGGAGAUGCGCCACCACUUCCAGAAUCAGCAGCUGCUGGAGAUGUGCAAGGAUGUCUGCGAAGCCAUGGAAUACCUGGAGUCAAAGCAAUUCCUUCACAGAGACCUGGCGGCUCGAAACUGUUUGGUAAAUGAUCAAGGAGUUGUUAAAGUAUCUGACUUCGGCCUGUCCAGGUAUGUUCUGGAUGAUGAAUACACAAGCUCAGUAGGCUCCAAAUUUCCAGUCCGGUGGUCUCCACCAGAAGUCCUUAUGUACAGCAAGUUCAGCAGCAAAUCUGACAUUUGGGCUUUUGGGGUUUUGAUGUGGGAAAUUUACUCUCUGGGGAAGAUGCCAUAUGAGAGAUUUACUAACAGUGAAACUGCUGAACAUAUUGCCCAAGGCUUACGUCUCUACAGGCCUCAUCUAGCUUCAGAAAGGGUAUAUACCAUCAUGUACAGCUGCUGGCAUGAGAAAGCAGAUGAACGUCCCACUUUCAAAGUUCUUCUGAGCAACAUUCUAGAUGUCAUGGAUGAAGAAUCCUGAGCUCACCAAUAAGCUUCCUAGUUCUACUCUCCUCCACAAACUCCAAUUUCACUUUCUUGAGGCAAACCAAAGCUGCAGGCCCUAGAGCCUUUGUGCUCUGGCUGAAUACACAAAGGCCCCUCUCUACAUCUAGGGCUGCCUCUCUUCUUUGAUUCCCUGGGAUAGUACCUUCUGAGCAAAGGCCAAGGAAUUAUGGUGCCCGGUACUGUCCCCCAGAGAAGAAAUUUCCCAAGAGUAUUAAGACAGACUGAAUCUGGGAUGGAAACAGUUUUGGGGGAGGGAAGGGUGUAAAUAGCCUCACGAGGGGUCCAACAGCUCUUUUGGGUAUGCAUUAGAGCUUGCUGGGAGGGAGGCCGAAUUUGGCAAAAAUAUAACGGUGUCAUAAAAAUGGGAGGGGAGGGUGUUUUCAUAAAAUAAAAUUACUGGAAAGCAUGAAGGCUUCUUGCUCUCUUGAUUAGUCAUGCAGCCUCCCUGAAACACCCUAUCUCAGUGUUCCAGAAAACUAUUGUGCAGCAUUUGGUUUGGCAUAUUCCUACCUUGAGAAUUCGACAGGAUCCUAGGCAUUUAACCCCUCUGGCUGUUGGAAAAUUCUGCCUCUGAAUCAAACUAACAAGCUAAAAAUUACAGUGCCUUGCACACAGUAGGCAUGUAAUGUUAUCGGGAUAAAGCUUACAAUUGGAGCCGAAUUUUCCUGGAUCCUUUUUUCCCUAAGUCAGGAGCGGGCAACCAUCAAAUUAGAGCCGCGGGCCCAGAUGGCUAAGAGAUGGGUCGAGCAAUCCCUGCCGGGCACUACUAACAAGGCAGUUGGGAAAGCCGGGGCCAAUUUGGAAGCAGGCGGGAUUGUAGGGGCUGAAACAGGCCAGGUGGUCUGAAGUAACUUCCUUUUUUACUUUAUUUUUUCUUUUCGGAACAAUGUCUGCACAGCGUCUUGGCGCUGGGAUGCAAGACCUG